AUGACCUCCAAAAAGAACUCUCAGAUUGACGAAGACGUUACAACAGAUGUAGAGACACCGAUCGAUGCAGAAAAGCCACAGUCCCCCGAGUCUACCGACCCCUUUUUGGUUACCUUUACCGAGCCUCAUGACCCCGAAAACCCCAAAGACUGGCCAAUAAGCAAAAAAUGGGCUGUCACCAGUGUCAUGUCAGCAACAGGGCUGAAUCGAAUUAUGGUAUCUACCAUAAUAGCUCCAGCGCUAUCUGACAUUGCGUCAGACUUGAACAUGUCGGAUAUAGAAUCUGUCAUGGCGAUGUCCGUAUAUCUGCUCGCCACAGCUUUUGGGCCCUUACUCAUUGGGCCACUCUCCGAAGUCUACGGUAGAAGACCCGUACUACAUGCAACCAACGUCUGGUUCCUGGUUUGGAACCUAAUAUGCGGCUUCACUAAUUCGAAGGGCCUAUUGUUCGCAUCUCGUCUGUUGGCUGGCUUCGGUGCCAGUGCCAUAUAUGCACUCGCAGGUGGCGUUCUGGGAGACAUCUGGCGACCUGAACAGCGUGGUCGGUCUUUGGGAUUGUACCUUCUGAUACCCCUUCUUGGUGUCGCGAUCGGCCCUAUACUUGGUGGACUGAUAUCAGGUGCAACCACAUGGCGAUGGACUUUCUGGUCAACAUCAAUUCUUCAAGGUUUCAUGGUAAUUGGUUCCUUUGUGGUCUUUAAGGAGACAUAUGCACCUGUCAUCCUAGAGAAGCGCACUUUGCAAUUAAGGAAGAGCACUGGACAAGAUCAAUAUUACUGCCAGUCUAUGAAGCAGUCUGCUGGCCGAUCCGAAUUGGAUGUGAUACGCAACAGUCUCACUAGGCCUAUGCGUCUUCUCAUGUUUCACCCUAUUAUUCAGAUGCAGGCUUGCCUGUCCGGCCUGGACUACGGAAUCACUUAUAUUGUUAUAGCAACAUAUGCCGACCUUUGGACGUCACAGUAUGGCGAAUCAGUGACUAUCAGUGGACUGCAUUAUAUAGGUAUAUCCCUAGGAGAAAUCUUCGCUGCGUUAAUCGGUGGACCCAUCAUGGAUGCUAUCUAUCAGCGCCUCAAAGAGCGAAACCAUGAGCAAGAGGGCCGCCCUGAGUACCAUAUCCCACUCAUGCUGCCUGGAAGUAUUUUGCUGGUGACUGGCCUGUUCAUGUACGGGUGGUGCGCAGAAUAUCAUGCUCCAUGGCCAGUCGUCGAUAUUGGCGCCGCUAUUCUCUUCAUCGGUGGUACAAUGGCCGGACAGCCUUUGCAAGCGUAUGUUAUUGACACGUACUCCGAGCAUACCAGCUCAGCAUCGGCAGCAACCCAGUUUUUGCGAAGUAUGGCGGCUUUUGGCCUGCCGCUCUUCUCGCCCGCUAUGUAUUCGUCCCUUGGCUACGGGUGGGCCAAUAGCUUGUUGGGCUUUGUCGCUGCAGCUUUGUUUUUACCAUCUGUUCUAGUAAUAUGGCUUUAUGGCGAGAAGAUGCGAGCGAAGAUGAAGUCAAGCUAUUAA